AGCCCCAGCCCCGGCCCCGGCCCCGGGAUGAGCUUCCCGCGGCCCCUCCGCCGCUCCGUGAGCCUCAGCCCGGCCCGGACCCUGCGCCUCGUCGUGCUGGGACAGAGCGCCGUGGGCAAGACAGCACUGACCGUCAGAUUCAUCACCAGGAGAUUCAUCGGAGACUAUGACCCAACCCUGGAGAUGAUUUACAGACACGUGGCUGUGAUUGAUGGGGAGAUGGUACACUUCGAGAUCCUCGAUACCGCGGGACAGGAGGAGGACUCGCUACAGAUAGAGGAGAAGAUCAAGUGGGGUGAUGGCUUUGCCGUGGUCUACUCAGUGACAGACAGAUGCAGCUUCGACGAGGUGAUGCGGCUCUGCUUCCUCAUCAAUCACAUCCACUCGAGCCCCCGACGCAGCAGCACAAGCGACCAGCCGCCCGUCGUUAUCGUGGCCAACAAGAAGGACCUGCAGUUCGACAGGAUGGUGUCCACAGAGGAUGGCGAGAACCUCUCCAAAGCCUUGAAGCUGCCUUUCUACGAGAUCUCCACCCGGGACAGCUACGAGGAGCCCGUGGCCGUGUUCAACGCCCUCUACCAGGAGCUCAUGAGGCAGGGGCAUUUCUCCCCAGGCUCCUUCAAGAGGAGGACAGUGUCGAAGCUGAUGGAGAAGAUCCCAAAGAUGCAGGCCAGCUCCACCUCGCACUCAGCGGGUCGGAGCCUCAGCUUUAACUCCUUCAGGGACUACAUCCCCGAGUGAGCCGAGGCGAGGACAGAGGGACAGGUUUUAUCCUGCUGCUUCAGCCCCAGGGCCAAGGGGCAGCUCGUGGGGCUGUGCUGGCUCCUGGAGGGAAGGGUUAGAGAUGGGGAGGGUGGGAUUGGGGCUCAGCAGCCUUUGGAAGCCUGUUUUCACAGACAAGCUUUAUGCCAGCAGGGUCGAUGUUCUUCACCCAUCUUUGGUCCUUCUUCCUCCUCCUGCAUGGCUGAAGUCAGCAGUGAAGGUGGUUCGUGGUGACUUCAGUGGUGUUGGUUCAACCCUUGGAGGCUCAGCAGUGUUUCAGCAGGGAUCAGACCCUGCACAGACACAUCUGUGUGGGUUUUCCCUCUCCCCUGACAAAGCUGGCUCUGUUUGUGUCCCGGAACGUGCACCACAACACUGGGGUGACCCCAGGGUGGCUCCAGCUCCAGGGCAGCCAUCUGCCAUCCCUGCCCUGGGGAACAUGGAUGUUGUGGUGGGAAAAAUCCCCUGGAUGCUCAAAACCUUUCCAGUGCCAUGGGGGUCACUGCCCACAUCCACUCUCUGUACCCCAGACUCACUGCACAGGUCAGUGGGUGGUGGGGGGCUGUGUCCCCAUGGUCUCCCCAAGGAGCCCAUUCACCAUCCGCAUCCACCAGCAUCCAUCUCUCCAAGCCCAGCACUAUUUUCCCAUCCCUAUUCUCCCUUGGGUUUGUGACCUGAAGCCACUGCAGAGGGGCAGAACCCCCAUUCUCCUGCCUAUGGAGAAGCUUCUCCAUCCCCGCUGCCUAUGGGCUGGCAUCAAGGGCAUGUUUAAAAGCAAACAGGGAUUUGGGGGGGGAAAAGCCUCUUCAUCCCCGGCUGCUCUGGAAAACCAGUUAUCAACAUUUGAGGCUCCUUCACUGACCCUGUAAAUACAGUCCCAGCAAAGGGCAGAUGCUGCUGCUCCAUCUCCAGCUGGAGGCAUCACGUCUUCGGUGCUUUCCUGGGUGCUGCCUUUGGGCCUGCCCCUUGUUCUACAUCUCCAUCUCCACCUCUCCCGGGCAGCCUGUCUGCGAGGGGAAGCACAUGGAACACACUGGAUUUCUGACACACGCUGGAACCUUUGGCUGGGAUCACGCUUCUGCAUCCAAAAGGAACAGUAUUCCCAGGGCAGCUUCUCCCAUUCCUGCCUUUGCCCUUCGCCUCUCUGUGGUGUGAGCAAACCCACUGGGCAGCAGUUUGAACCAUGAAUGGAGCUGAAAAUGAUGCUCCUUGCAGGGACCCCAUUGUCUGCUUGAUUGCCCUAUUCCCACAUGGAAAACCACCAUGGGCUGGGAAUUUGUCUCUGCCCAGAGCUGAGGCAGUAAAGGUGGAAGGGAGCAGACUUGCAGACAGCAGCAUCUCCCUGCAGCAUCGUUUCUUUCCCUCCAUCCCGCCCAAUGCUGAGCACUGCCAUGCGGGGCGCAUGUGCUGGAUGACCUGUGGGGUAACACCGUGUCCCCCCAUAGUGACCUGUCACACCCUCUGCUGCUGCUCCUCUGACAAUAAAAGCCAUGUUGGCAACUGCCAGCAAUGCCUCGA